AAAAAAUAAUGAUGUAAAAAUAUGAUUUUACCCUACAUUACUAUAACCUCCUGUAAUGAGUGAUUAAUGGUGUUUUAGCGAUGUUGAAGAUACAUAUGUUCAAUAUGUUUGACCCAAACAGGUUCCAGCGAAGCACAGCUAUGGCAUGCUGUUUUGCUCCUGUCCACUCAGCGACCAGACAGCUUGCUCUGAGCGGAGGCGUCAGACCAUUGUCCCCGUCUGCUCCUACGAAGAGAAGCAGAAGCCCAACUGUCUUGAGCUGCAGGCCUCCUGUAAGACCAACUAUGUCUGCAGGUCAAGACUGGCUGACUUCUUCGUCAACUGCCAGCCAGAGCCUCGCUCGCUGUCAGGCUGCCUGAAGGAGAACUAUGCAGACUGUCUCCUAGCCUACUCAGGAUUGAUUGGUACGGUGAUGACUCCCAACUACCUGCGUUCCCCUAAAAUCAGCGUGUCUCCGUACUGUGACUGCAACAACAGUGGCAACAACAAGGAUGAGUGUGACAAGUUCACCGAGAUUUUCACCGAGAACGCGUGUCUCCGUAAUGCCAUUCAGGCCUUUGGAAAUGGGACAGAUGUGGGAGUAUGGCAGCCGGUGUCCCCUGUUCAGACAACAACCUCCACCUCAACUCACAAACAGAGGAACCCUGUGCGCAUCCCCAACACGAUCGACAACCACAUCAACACAGACACUGGUAUCUACCACUUCUGUGGCAGCCUACAGGCGCAGAAACUGAGGUCAAACUCAACUGUCGAUGGCAUCUUCUGUGUGGAUCCUCAAAUUGACAGUCCAGGUACCUCCAAUGCCAUUGUGAAAAAUUUGGCAAUCCCCAGAUGGUCAACAGACCUCUCUCUGCUGCUGCCCCUGGUGCUCUGCCUAUGGUAUUGCAGCCUGCCAGCACCCAUCUUUGCAGGAGACUUGUAGCUUUGUCGCUACAAUGGACUGAAAUAAGCGUUUGUAUAAAAUAAAAAGCAAAGCGAGAAAUGAUCUGCUAUAUUCUCGGUAAUCCCUGUUGUACUUUAUUUCCUCUAUGAAAUUUGUCUUUAUUUUAAUUUGUACUUUCAAUCUUUUUUUAUUAUUAUUAUUAAUAUUUAGAAACUGAUAUUUUAGUUUUUGCAUUGCGGCAGUGUGCUUUAACAGUGAUCUCCUAUAUCUUCUCCAUUUAACUGUGUCACCAUUCAGUUUGUUCAAAACAAAACGUUUCAAUGCCUUGCCUUGUGUUUGUGUGGGCAAAAAGAACAAAGGACUUGAGGAUUUACAUUCCUGAGGACCACAGCUGGUGACUCUUGGAUCAGUUCGCACAGUGUAAAUGAACAUUUCAGACAGUUGCUAUUAUCAGUUUCCACACGCGUCCGUUUGUAUUGAGGCUACUGGUUGGGAUCUUUGCUCAAAAGUCAGUUCAGUGACGGCUACAUGUCAUUGGUUACGGUGUCUCCUGUGCUCUGCGUUUGUUUUCCGAAUGCCAUCGUGCGGUGUUUCUACAUUUUCUAAGAGCUUAAAAAAAUAUAUAGAUAUUUAACUGUAAAACACUCAGUAAAAGCCAUUUGUACCCAAGGUGAACACCAAUACACCCCCACCCCCCAAAGAAACCCAUCAGUGAUACUAAAGGAUGUGCCCAAACACUGUUUACUGUACUGUAGCUCACGCUGACCACACAAAGCCCCUGAAGAAGCACACAAGCAAAGACCCACAUACUUGUAGUGCACAUGCUGACACACUUAGAUGAACACAAACUAACAUGCACCACCAUGCUUGUUUUGUUUUUUGUUUUUUUCUACAUAGUUUACACCAGGGUUGUCAAAUAGUUCACUUUGUUUUCAUGAAAAUUUGUAUAUUAGAAAAUAUUCAUAUUAAAUGAAAUAUCAUUAGAAGAAAAAAAACAUCACAGACAAGAAAUGUAUGUGCAUUUAUUUUUUAAAUUUCAAAAUUCAUUAAGCGGACCGGAUCGAACCCCCCAGUGGGACGAUUUUGGUGUGUUUGACACCCCUGGUUUCCACAAUGAACAGAAACAGAAGGUUACAUGCGCCAGUGAAUUGCUGAAUCCACCUCAUUACUGAUUGUACAGAAACCUGUAAUUGUAGAAGUGCCAGCCAUGGUCAGUUCUUCUCUGUGAAAACGUCCAGAGAGCCUGAUCAUUUUAAGGUAAGUUUUUUAGUAGAUAUAAAGCUGAUUACAGUCUAGCAGGUUCCAUUUUAUAAGGUCAUGUUGGUCUCUGCUUUCAGAACAUCGCUGCUUCAGAGUGUGCUGCAAUUAGAAAUCUGCCUCAUGCAAAACUGAACUUGUCAAACAGUCAUUUUGGGAGUUAUGUUAGUGUCCAUUGACUGGCCUUUUUGUCCUUCAUUAUGCUUUCUUGGUAAUAAAACAGAGCAAAAAAAAAAAAAAAAAACCCUCCAUAUGGCCAAAAGCACAUGGAUAAAUGGUCACAUCAUCUGCUAAAAAAAACCAAGUCAUAAUAGCAGUUUAUUCAGAAAUAAAUUGGCAGGAAAAUGCUUCUCAAAACUACUCAAGAGCAAUGACAGCACAUAGAUAAUGAACUAUGCACGAUGAAUCAGACCUGAACCUUUGAGUGCAAGUGGACACAAAAGAAGAAAUGGCGGUAACAUGUUUGUAUAACUAUCUAAAAACUAUCACUGAAAAUUAGAAAACAUGAAAAUCCUAAAUUUUACAGAGUAAGUAUUAGUAUUACUUUUUAUGUUCUUGUCCAACUUGUAUAGCAGGUGGCUGAUUCAAUGUGGUCAAAAAAAAAAAACUCAAAAAGUACUCAGUGCCCAUUGUCAAAUAAAACAUUGCUUUCAAAGGAGUAAGGGAAAACAGAGAAGUACUACAGAACGUAGUAACUACACACUAGCCAAGGCAUGGGCAAACUUCUUGACUCAUGGGCCACAAUUGUCCUAAAAUUGAACGGGGGGCUGUCAUGCAUUUUCUUGACACCUACUGAGGAAAGGGUAUUGCACAA